AUGAGGAAAGAGAACCAGAGCACUGUGUCUGAAUUUUUCCUGCUGGGGCUCCCCAUCCGGCCAGAGCAGCAGGGCGUGUUCUUUGCCCUGUUCCUGGGCAUGUACCUCACCACGGUGCUGGGGAACCUGCUCAUCAUCCUGCUCAUCAGGCUGGACUCUCGCCUCCACACCCCCAUGUACUUCUUCCUCAGCCACUUGGCCCUCACUGAUACUAUUUUCUCAUCUGUAACUGUUCCAAAGAUGCUGAAGAACAUGCAGACCCAGGAUCAAUCCAUAUCUUAUGAAGGGUGCAUUUCACAGACAUACUUUUUUAUACUCUUUGCUGACUUAGACAGCUUCCUUAUCACAUCCAUGGCCUAUGACAGGUAUGUGGCUAUCUGUCACCCUCUCCAUUAUAAUACCAUUAUGGGUCAGAGUCUUUGUGUUAUGCUGGUGGUUGGGUCCUGGAUCAUUGCCUGCUCUUGCGCUCUUUUGCAUACUCUCCUCCUGGCUCGACUGUCUUUCUGUGCUGAUAACAUUAUUCCCCACUUCUUCUGUGACCUGGCUGCCCUGCUUAAAUUGUCCUGCUCAGACACUUCCAUUAACCAAUUGGUAAUAUUUACUGCAGGAUUGAUGGCCAUUAUGGUUCCAUUCUUAUGCAUUCUGGUUUCUUAUGGCCGAAUUGGGGCCACCAUCCUUCGGGUCCCUUCUACCAAAGGGAUCCGCAAAGCGCUGUCCACUUGUGGAUCCCAUCUUUCAGUAGUGACUCUCUAUUAUGGUUCAAUUAUUGGUCUCUAUUUUCUUCCCUCUCCCAGCAAUACCGAUGAUAAUAACAUAAUUGCUUCAGUGAUGUACACAGUAGUCACUCCCAUGCUGAACCCCUUCAUUUACAGCCUGAGAAAUAAAGACAUGAAAGGAGCCUUGAGAAAACUCUUAAGUAAGAAAACAUAUUCUUCCAAUUAA